UUGCUUUGUAAGUUCACACAACCCACUCAACUCCUCCCUUUCAACUCACAGCUGGUUAUCGUUAAACAGUCACUCAGAAUAGUCUAGUGCAGACACCACGUAAAGGAAACGUACACUAUCACUACACACUAUCAGCGUAAAUGACUUCAAAAAAGUGUACAGAUGGGAAAUUCUGGAAUUCUGCUCUGCAUCAAUGUCAGCCAUGUAAGACUAAAUAUAACAUCCAAGCAGGUUACGAAUUUACUGAAAACUGCGGGUGGUCCGACGAGCAACACCAAGUCGGCUUAUCUCACAGAGCUUGCAGGGAUGGAACAUUUAACGACGGACAUCACAUUAAGUGCCAAAACUGUCACCCUUGCAUGACGACACAGUUUAUAGCAUGCAGCACCGAAUUUGACACCAUCUGCUGUAAACAAAGUGAACAGGUUUUCAAUGGAAAAUGCAUCCCUCAGCCGUUGCCGACCACAGUAAUAACAACUGUGAUGAGUAGUACUUCCUUAAUAACUACCUCUGUUGGCAGCUUAAGUAGGCCUACCUCUCCAACACCCCAUCAAAGUUUGCCUCAAACCCCCUCUCAAAAACCCUCUCAAAACCCCUCUCAAACCCCCACUCAAAACCCUUCUGCCAUAGAUUUGACAGGGAUCUAUGUAUUUUUAGGGAUUUUAUCCACUCUCACUCUGCUAUGUCUGUUCUUGGUUAUCAAGAGGAGGAGGACGACUAAAAAUUUGAAUGAAGAAUUUCAAAAAUGUUGUAAUGGAGCUGAUCAGGAAAGCCUGUCCAAAAAGGGAAUUGACAGAUAUGAACCGACCUCAGUCUCAUACAACAUAAUCAAAGAAAGCGACAAUAAUGAUCAUAUGACUGGAUCAGGAUCUGGAUCGUAUCUGUUAGCUCCUGAGGUCCAGGGUAAGCCUUUGAAAACCGUGCUGAACAACCUGGAUGUUCUUGAGGAUCUCGUGCUGGUAUUAGACCCGGACAUCUCUGGCGCUAAGAAUACACGUCACCUUGCUGCUCAGUGCUCUUUUUCCUUUGCCUGGAUCAAUUAUGCAUAUUCCAUGAAGGAUCACAAAAGUCCCCUUGUCGCUGUUUUGGAGGGUGUCGUCACCAAGAACCCAGACUGGACCGUCGGACACCUCGCUGAGCUGUUAACAACUAUCGGUCGCAACGAUGCCGUGGAGAUUUUGGCAAAGCUCCCUGCUGGUGUUGAAGAAUAAUUAAUGUGGUAUUUUAAGAAAACAAAACAGUAUUGUAUUGUUUAAAGGUGGGAUAAGCUAUAUUUCAAAAACACUGCUGGCCAAGUACACCUCUAACAAUGACGCUAAACACCACAUUCUCCAUCGGUCGUCAGUGCGCAGUGGUUUGAAAUGGCUUACCCCACCUUUAACACACUCUCAGUGCAAUUUGUAAUUAUUUCACACUUUGAUGAAAUCAUAAAACAGUUUUACUGAUAAUGAUUCUGUGGUGAAGUAAAAUACUACAGAAAAAACUAAUGUAAUUUCUACAUGAAAAAGUUAGUUCAGGCAAGAAAACAAAUUAAAUGCUAUAUAUUAGUACUCAAUUCAAGAUGGGAGAAAUUAAAGCUUAAAUAUCAAUGAUAUAAAACCUACUUAACUUUUCUUAUGCUGGUGUUCCCAGCAUAAUUGUCAUAGUUGUCAUGAAUAAUUAAUAAGGUUAAUUUUUUUUUUGCUGUUUUCCAGCUGUAUUUACAUUGUUUUAUCACUGCUUUUGUUAGGUUUAGUAACUUGCGAUUUUGUGAGAUCUGGAGUUCGUUUUCUACUCACAAUGACACAUUCAUGCUCAAAAAUAAUCUAUCGAAUGUUACCGCAAGUAUUGAAGUCUCUGAUAGCAUAAUAAUCAGCAUAUUUAAAGCAUAUACCUCAAAAGCAUGGUUUAAUUCAAUGUUAUAUUAUUUGAGUAAAAAGUUAAUUUUGUUAAAUUUACUAAUUUAAUUUCACUAAUAAAUAUUUACUUAAUUCCUUUAUGAAUGUUAAGUUCAACAGUAAGUAGAUUUUACUUGAUAAUAACAGUUACGUUGUACCAAGCAGUAGCAGUAAAAUUUACUUAAAAUGUGAAAAAGUUUUUUUUCUCUCCAGUGUAUAUAGAUUGUUAUAUUUUUUGCACAUUUAACUCCAGUAUUCAAAGACAUACAAUGUUUGUACGUGAUGCAUUGUAUGUGAACAGUAGUUUUGACUGAAAAUGACGUACAUAGUAUAAUGAGUAACAGAUGUGUAACCAAGGGUUCAUAUGGAAGCUUUUACAAUCAAACAAGAAAGGAAAUCCCCCACCCCUCCCCCUCCCUAUCCCCUUCUAGUUUCCGAAAUAUUCACUCUAGAAAUCUCCGUUUCACUCCAAUUUAUCAUGCCAAUUAAUAUUUCACAUUUUGGCUUUUUAUUAAAUUACUAUUCCAAUUCCUAAAAUAGAGUCCUUUAAAAAGCAUUAUAGAUAUAGUGAAUGUGAUCGAAUUGUUGGCAAACAAAUAUUUCAAGUUUUGACAUUGUUCAUUUCUUGACAGGAUUUGGCCACAAGCAAUAUAUUUAGUUAUUAGUGGUGCACAAUUGAUGCUUUUGUAAAGACCACAAUAAAUCUUGAACUUUGUUCAAACAUUUUACAUCUUUAUUAAGCAAAAACAUUAUAAAUAAAAAAAAAGUGCAUAGAAAAAUUAAACAGGUUUAGAAAUAUGUAUACAACUAUUUACAAACUUAGGGGUCGUUUGUACAAGGUAGCAAAGACUUUUUUUAUUUUUUUUAUUCAUUUUUUAAUUUUUAAGUCUUUCAACACAACGUUGUUGUUGUUGUUUUUUAAAAUAACCAACACAGACAGAUUUUUCUUUUCCCAAAAAGCUCUGGGAUACACAUCAUCACAGGAGGUCCUGACUAGUGCUUUGCAUCCUUCAUUGCACACAAGCCAACUCUGCAUGACAGAACAGACCAAGCAAAUCUAGUUUUGCAUUAGUAUUACUUGACGUUGUCUGAACAGCUUGAGGUAGAAUCCUUGCAAGUCUGGGGUGGUUUGAUUAAAAUCUGAGAUCCACUAAAUUUCAGGUUCUUGAUGGAGAUGUCCACCUCACACAAAACGCACGAAACGAAGAAAAAGAAGGAGACGAUAACAUGAUUUAGGAGAAGAGAACUGCUCCUUUGAGGAAGCCAAAUAAAAGCAGACACAUAAAACAAACAGCUGGCUCAAAACAUCACCUUGUAUAAAAGGCCACGUUGCAAGAACUCAUCCUCAAUGUUCAAGUUAAAAAAGGAAAGAAAAUGGAGAAAAGGUUUAAAAGAACAAAAAGAAAACCCUGAAGAAAACUCUGAUAAGACCUUGGUCACAUACAAAAAGCACAGACCUAUGGGUAUAAACUGCCAUAAAGACAAACAGGAAUAAAUAGAACGCUCCUACAGUCCGAACAAUCUUUUAUACGAUGAACGAUGGCACCAGCUUGAUUUUACCUACAUGAAGAUGAUAAACAACUCCAAAUCUUUCAGGGAAAAUUAAGGUGCCGAGUGCCACCAUCUGCUGAAAAACUUUCAAUAACUCUUCUAUAAAUAUAUAUAGAUUCUGUAAGUCAACAGUAUACAUCGGUCCUACAUCUAUAGGACACUUUAAGCAAGUAAAUGUAGAGCUCCAAUUGUAUGUGCAAUUGUGGCAAAAAAUGAUUUUAUUGCAGGAAAAAUCCACGAUGUCAUCACACCUUUAAAAGCUGUGACGCAAUGAGGAUGCGGUUAGUCACGAUUAGCUUAAGUAGUGUCCUCUACUACACGAUGAAAAGAAACACCAAUAUACUUCUAUGUUCUCCAGGCAUGAUUUUGUUUCGACACAAGGCUCUCAAGAGGUAUAAAAAAAAAAAAAAAAAGCACAAA